AUGUUAUUCUGUAGAUAUAAAAGAGGGACAAGUGUCUUAGAUGAGGAAAGGAACAAUAAUGUUGACGAAAGGAGAAUCGGUAUUAUUUCUAAAUCUAUCGGGGUGCCUCCUUAUGAAUUCGACAUUAAAGACAUUAGAAAAUAUCCCAAAACAAAAGAAGAAGAAGCAGAAAUCCUUACGGCUCUUCAACAGAACGAAUUCCUUUCGAAUAUUCUCCUGCAAGAGAAACGAUUGCAAACAUGCAUCGAUUGCAUGUACAAGCAACACGUAGACGCCAACGAAAUAAUCAUCCAAGAAGGCGGAAUGGGUUCCCACGUCUACAUAUCGUGCGAGGGAUCAUACGAAGUAAUCAUUGGAACAGAGACCGUCGCUGCUUUCAACGAUGUCAGAGUCUUCGGGGAGCUCGCUAUACUUUACUCAGUCAAAAGACAUGCCACAAUUAAGGCCGUCGAGGAUGGAUUAGUGUGGGUUUUGGAUGGCCACACGUUCAAAACUCUCGUUAUUAAAUCAGCGAUGGAGGAGCAGGAAGAGAUGGUGUCCUUUCUUCGAAACGUACCUGAACUUAACACCGCUCCCAUAGAGAAGCUAUACCAAGUAGUCAAUAUCUUCAAAUUGGAAUUCUUUAAAUCCAAUACAGAAAUUAUCAAGCAAUGCGAGCUAGGGGACAAGUUUUACAUUAUCCGAGCUGGAACGGUUACUGUCGAGCAAGACAACGAAAAAAUUAGAGAGCUGUCUAGGGGUCGAUACUUCGGCGAGGUAGCUCUUCUAAAGGACGAUUUCAGGGAAACCACAAUCAGAGCGAACCCGCCGGGCGUGGAAUGCCUCACUUUAGCUCGAAACGAAUUCAUAGAGCACUUCGGCGACUUGGAGGAAUUCGUAAGGUUGAAGAACGUACCGUGGACGGCAUUGGAAAAACUCGAGGAAUUCCCCGACUUGCAUCUAAACGAAUUCGACGUCCUGCAAACGCUGGGCGUCGGCGCCUACGGGAGGGUGCAGCUCAUCCAGCACCUGCGCCAGAAGAACCUGGUCUUCGCUCUGAAGUACUUCCACGCGGCGGAGAUCAAGAAACCGGCCGUACAACAGCAGUUGCUCAACGAGAGAAACCUGCAGACUUCCUGCAAUUCGCCGUUUAUAGCCAGAAUGUACAGGAGCUUCGUAACGUCGAAAUAUAUUUAUUUUCUUUUAGAGGUCGGUCUAGGCGGCGAUCUGUGGAGUUUGAUACACACUCAACAAUUGAAAAGGUUUGAUGAAAUGUCUGCUAAAUUUUACGCAGGUUGUGUUCUGGAAGGGAUUGGUUACCUGCAUUCGCGUGGUAUCCUCUAUAGAGAUUUAAAACCGGAGAACAUCAUAGUCCAUCAUACGGGCUACAUCAAGCUAACUGACUUCGGUUUCGCCAAGAAGGCGGAUUCCAAGGAGAAGACAUUCACGUUCGUCGGCACCGCCGAGUACGUAGCUCCUGAAAUUAUUUUAAACAAAGGCUACGAUAAAGGGGUCGACUAUUGGGCGUUCGGAGUUCUAAUAUACGAGCUUCUAGUAGGCCGGACACCUUUCAAAACCAACGAUUCCAGCCAUCUCAGCACGUACAAGCUCAUUCUGAAAGGCAUCGAAAACGUGGUUGUGCCCGACUACGUUUCCAGUACGGCCAAAUCGAUUAUUCGAAAAUUGUGCACGCAAUCUCCCUCCGACCGGCUGGGCUGCCAAAGAACCGGCAUUCAGGCCAUCAAGAAGCAUUUGUGGUUCGGCAGUUUGGACUGGAACAAGCUCGUCAAUCAGAAACUGAAGCCGCCCUUCAAGCCCCAUCUCAGGAACAACGUCGAUACGAAGUACUUUGAUCCCUCGUUUCCCGACGACCUUCGCGAACCAGUGGAUUGCUUCGAAGAUUGGCUUAAAGAGUUUGAUUAA